AUGAGUUUAGAUAGAGGGUGGAUGUAUAGGCGAUAUGCUCAAGGUAGUCUAACAGGAGAGUUCAUGGAUGGAUUGGAAGUAUUUAUCCAUUAUGCACUUUCUCGACCGGACUUAAUGAUUGGAAAUAAGAUCAAAUGCCCAUGCACGAAAUGUAAGAACAAAAAAUUUGAUACUCCAAUGACUGUUAGGGUUCACUUGGCAAAGAAUGGUUUUAUCCCUAGAUACCAUAUAUGGACGAUGCAUGGUGAAGCGUUAGUGCAAGUCCCUGAUGUUGCUAGGCGUAUUGUAACCAUUGAGGAAGAUAGAGAAGUUAAUCGUUAUGAGACGAUGGUGAUGGAUGUAGCGACAGCUCAAUUUCACAAUGUCGAUGAUCUAAUUGAAGAAUCUCCAAACCCAACAGCCCAACAUUUGUAUGAUAUGUUAAAGGCGGCUGAUAGAGAGUUGUGGCCUGGCUGUAAAACCCAUACCCAAUUAUCUCUUGUAGCUCGAUUGAUGAGUUUAAAAUCUGAUAAUAAUAUGUCUGAGCGAUGUUUUGAUCAGAUUUUGGAGUUGAUUAAAGAAAUAGUUCCCGAUAAUAAUUUGGUGACUGGAGAUUUCUACAGUGCAAAGAAAUUGCUUCGUGGGAUGGGUUUGCCAGUUGAGAAGAUUGAUUGUUGUCGUAAUAAUUGUAUGCUUUUUUGGGGGGAUGAUGAAAGCUUGAACGAGUGUAAGUUUUGCGAUGCAAACCGUUACAAAGAAUCUUCUGGUCCCAGUGGUAGUCGUCAACGACGCCUAGUUGCAGUAAGUCAGAUGCAUUACUUUCCCAUCACUCCAAGAUUGCAAAGGUUAUAUGCAUCUAAAGCAACAGCAGCUGAUAUGCGAUGGCAUGCUACAUUAGUUAAUGAUGGUGUGAUGAGACACCCUGCAGACUCACCUGCAUGGAAACAUUUUGACAACACAUUUCCUGAUUUUGCGGCUGAGGUCAGAAAUGUGAGAUUGGGGCUUUGUACUGACGGAUUCUCGCCAUUCAACAAUUUUGGAAAGCAAUAUUCCUCAUGGCCAAUCCUACUUACUCCAUACAAUCUUCCUCCUUGGAUGUGCAUGAGAGAACAACACAUAUUUCUCACUGCUGUCGUCCCUGGGCCACACAAUCCAAAGGAUAUGAUUGAUGUUUUUCUUCAACCGUUGAUUGCUGAGUUAUCUCAUCUUUGGGAAGUGGGUGUCCAAGCGUAUGACAUAUCAUUGAAGAAUAAUUUCCAAAUGCGUGCUGCACUUUUGUGGACAAUUAGUGACUUUCCCGCUUAUUCUAUGCUUUCUGGUUGGAGUACAGCUGGUAGAUUGGCAUGUCCACGUUGUUGUGAUGAUACAGAUUCUUUUCGAUUACCUUUGAGUGGUAAACAAUCCUGGUUUGACUGUCAUAGGAGGUUCUUACCCACUGAUCAUCCUUUUCGACGCAACAAAUAUGCGUUUAUAAAAAAUGCUCAAGUAAGAAAAGGUCCUCCACAAACAAAAAAUGGGUACCAGUUGUUGGCUGAGAUUGAGGGAUUGGGGAUUAAAAAAGUAACAGAAUUGACAGUUGAAGAGACUCGAUUACGGAUAUCUAAACGACAAAGAACUUAUGAAUCAGGUUGGAGGAAAAAAAGUAUAUUCUGGGAUUUGCCAUAUUGGAGUUCGUUGCUUAUACGUCAUAAUCUUGAUGUUAUGCAUAUAGAAAAGAACGUCUUUGAUAAUUUGUUCAACACCAUUAUGAACACUAAAGGCAAAACAAAGGAUACGGCCAAAUCUCGCGAAGAAUUGAAUAGGUUUUGUCGCAGACCUGAGUUAGAAGCCAAUGAACAAACAGGAAAGUACCCUAAAGCAUGUUAUAUGCUUGAUAAUGAUGAGAAAAGAAUCUUACUUAAGUGGAUUGAAGGGCUUAGAUUUCCUGAUGGCUAUGUAUCCUCGUUGGGUAGAUGUGUCAACUUGAGUACACUUCAAAUGUUUGGUAUGAAGAGUCACGAUUGUCACGUGAUGAUGCAACGAGUAUUGCCGGUCGCACUAAAAGAUCUUCUACCAUUCAAUGUGUGGAAAACAAUUACAGAUCUUUGUCUCUUUUUCAAAGAUUUGACUUCACCAAACAUUCAAGUUGACAAUCUUCUUCAGAUGCAAAAAAAUAUUCCUGUCAUUCUCUAUAAGUUGGAAAGAAUCUUCCCUCCUAGUUUCUUCGACUCUAUGGAGCAUCUUCCAAUACACUUGGCCGAUGAGGCUAUGAUGGCAGGCCCUGUACAGUAUAGAUGGAUGUAUCCAUUUGAGAGGUACUUGGGAAAGUUGAAGAAAACAGUUAAAAACAAAGCCAAAGUUGAAGGAUCAAUUACAAAUGCUUAUCUUGUGGAAGAGGCUACAGCAUUCUGUUGUUAUUACUUUGAAGAUCAUGUUAAGACAAAGCAACGGAAUGUACCUCGAAACUUUGAAGGUAGUGGUGUUGAUGUGAUCCCUGACAUGUUGUCUGUCUUCAAGUAUGUUGGGAGACCAUUUGGAAAGAUGACAACUAGAUUUCUAGAACCUAAAGAGCACGACGCCGCCCAUUUGUACGUGCUAAACAAUUGCACAGAAGUUACAGAAACCUACACAGGGUUGUUUGAGGAUGAAAUGCGGGCCAAAUUUCGUGAUAUUUCAUCCAAUGAACUUCAACAGAAACUUGAGAAAGAAUUUCCCACAUGGUUCAAAGCAUAUGGUUCAGUGUUGAACGGUGUCCAGUUAGAUUUCUAUAGUCGUUUGUUAGAGGUUGUUGUCCUAGAGUAUCCUGGGCUACCAAUAAAAACAACCACAUUAUUCAAAUGUGAGUGGUUUGACCCUCAAACUCCAACUGGAACCGACAUUGAUCGUGACUUCAAUCUGGUUUCGGUGCACAAGAAUCGUCGUUAUUCCAAAUACGAACCAUUUAUCCUCGCCAAUCAAGCUGCACAAGUUUAUUAUUGCUUGUAUCCAAGUAAAAAUAACAACAGAAGCAAUUGGUUGGCCGCUUGUAAAGUGAAAGCAAGGCCAGUUGUUGAAGUUUCCACAACUGAACUUCCAACAACGUCUUUGCCUUUUCAAGAGGAAGUCGUAGGCAGAAUAUCUCUUACGAAUAUAGAUGACAUUUCAACAAUGGUUCAUCCACAUGGAGGCGAGGUGGACAUAGAUCAUGAUGAUGAUGAUGAUGAAGAUGAUGAAGACCUUAUUUUACAAUCCCCCGAGUCUUCUAACACUGAAUCAGAUUGA